AUGGUCGCUCCAUUAUCCCCCAAUGCCGUUGCCAACGACCCCGGAGCGCAGCAUUCCAGUGAAGAACAGCCAAGCCACCGCGCUGGAUGGUUCUCGAAACUUAAGCAUCUCUGGUUUUCGGUUCAAAUCAGUCAUAGUGGCAAGUACUCCAUCGAGAGACUGCUAGCACUGGAAGAAUACACUCGAAACACCUCCCUCCUUCGGGUGCUCGUUGUGUGUAUUGGAGCGCCACUACCCAUGGCAACACUCGUACUUGUUCAAGAAUGCAUCCCUCUUCAAGACCCAUCACAAGGUUGGAGCGCGAAUUACGGCUUCUGGGUCCGAGUCGGCAUCCUCGGCGGAGUUGUGGCCGUCGGCAUGGCAGCUUUCGCGCUCUACAUGAUUCCUGGAGUUGUGCUGUCUAAUCUGCAACUUGCGCUUCUUUUCAUCGGCCAAGGAGUUUGCUAUCCUGUCAUUGGGAUGUUCAUUGCUGCGCUUUGGGUCUUUCCAAUUCCCUUCAUGAUCCUCUCGGUCAUGAGCCUGUACGUGCUGCUUUUUGUCGUGCUGUUCCAUUUAAUUGCUGGUAAGCAAGUCGUUAGUCAAAUGGCAACGCAUCAACACGAACUCAUUUUGCUCGUCGGCUUCAGUGGCUCUCAGUCCGUCAUGGCGAUCACCUACGCCGCAUACGAAGCGCUGUUUGAUCAAGUCACCAACACCCACUACGAGCUGCCUGUGAUCCUCCUGCUCCCAGUGAUCAAACUCCUCAUGAAGAACUUGGUUUCUUUACCUAUUGCACACAUGAAGGACAUGGUACCAGAGGGCGUCAUCUUCACCGUCGACUUCUUCAACUCCAUGUACCUCGCCACUUGCAUGCAGAACACGUCUUCGAUCAAGACUGUAGCGACGAUGAUGGUCCUCGACUUUGGACAAAACGCAAUCUCGUUACGAAGACUGCAUCGGCAGUCUGACACGAUAUUAUCUCGACUUCGCGACGCCUGUGGCAUUUCUCUUGACAACGAUAGCCUGCUCCCGGUAGUCCGCCUCUUGUGUCGUGAUCCAGAUAACUUCGAGCAGCAGUGUCGUAGAGAUAUUAUGCUCUUCUCCUGCCUUCCCCAUAAGUUGUCACCACAGGGGCGAGAUCUGCUCGAGAAGUUGAAAACGCUGCCAGGAAAUGGUGUGCGCACGCUCCCACAGCUUCGCGCAUCUAGGCACAGUUCCAUUUGUUCUAAUGUGGCGAAAGUCCGACCUUCAAACACCAUUCGUAGCUGCCUUCGUACCACCGAGAAAGUGCAACCAAGUGCCCUCUCCACGACGGUAGUAAAACCAGUCCAAAUUGCGCAAGAACCAGCCGAUAUGACGAUGAGCAGUACCGAUUCUGACAGUUCACACCGCAAUAUUCUUGGCCAGACGCUCGAGGUGUUGUUCUUCUCCGAGUGUCUUUUGUUGACGGAGUAUCUGGAGUCAAUCAUUCCAGUUUUAUACGGGCUUUUCAUCUUCCUGGUUGUCAAUCUCCCCAGUGCACCAUACCACGUGGACUUAAUCGGUAUCGAUCGCGAUAAUGUCGGAGAUACACUGGCCAACGUUUACAUCUACGCGCUUCUCGAGUUCCUCUCGUUUGUGAUGCUCACGCUGUUGAUGAUGCGGAACUGUCGGCUGCAAGCGAUGUAUCACUUGGCGUUUGUACUGGAAACUCAAAUGCUGUUGGUGCAGGUGAAGUUGAUGACUUGGGUCCUGAUGAGCUUGAGCUUUCGCGUCGUCCACUUCGGUAAGAUAUCUUCAGUCUUGUAUUCUUCUCUUGACAUUUCUGAGCUGUACACGCUUGUGCAUGUCGUAGGCGCCGACUUCACCUUUCAAUUCUCCUGGAUGAAUUAG